CCCUCUGCUGCAGCCAGGAUGGGUCUGAGGGUGGCUCAGACAGGUUUUGUGGUCCUGGUGUUGCUCCAGAGCUGUGCUGCAUACAAGCUGAUCUGCUACUACACCAGCUGGUCCCAGUACCGGGAGGGUGAUGGGAGCUGCUUCCCAGACGCCAUCGAUCCCUUCCUCUGUACCCACAUCAUCUACAGCUUUGCCAACAUAAGCAACAAUGAGAUCGACACCUGGGAAUGGAAUGAUGGGACGCUCUAUGACAGACUGAACACACUCAAGAACAGGAAUCCCAACCUGAAGACCCUUCUAUCUGUUGGAGGAUGGAACUUUGGUUCUCAAAGAUUUUCCAAAAUAGCCUCCAACACCUGGAGUCACAGAACUUUCAUCAAGUCGGUGCCACCAUUUCUGCGGACCCAUGGCUUUGAUGGACUGGACCUAGCCUGGCUCUACCCUGGGCGGAGAGACAAGCAGCAUCUCACCACUCUGGUCAAGGAAACGAAGGCUGAGUUUGCAAGAGGAGCCCAGGCAGGAGCAGAGCGACUCCUGCUCAGCACAGCAGUGUCUGCUGGGAAGAUUGCCAUUGACAGAGGCUCUGACAUCGCCCAGAUAUCCCGACACCUGGACUUCAUCAGCCUUUUGACCCACGACUUUCAUGCAGCGUGGUGCCAGACCAUAGCACAUCACAGCCCCCUAUUCCGAGGCCAGGAAGAUACAAGUUCUGACAGAUUCAGCAAUGCGGACUACGCUGUGAGCUGUGUGUUGAGGCUGGGGGCCCAGGCCAAUAAGCUGGUGAUGGGUAUCCCCACUUUUGGGAGGAGCUUCACCCUGGCCUCUUCCAAGACAGAUGUGGGAGCCCCGACCUCAGGGCCAGGAAUACCAGGCCGGUUCACCAAGGAGAAAGGGACCCUCGCCUACUAUGAGAUCUGUGACUUCCUCCGCGGAGCCACGGUCCAUAGACUCCUUGGUCAGCAGGUCCCCUACGCCACUAAGGGCAACCAGUGGGUGGGGUAUGACGACCAGGAGAGCGUCAAAAACAAGGUGCGGUACCUGAGGAACAGGCAGCUGGCUGGCGCCAUGGUGUGGGCCCUGGACUUGGAUGACUUUCAGGGCACCUUCUGCAGACAGAAUCUGCACUUCCCUCUCACCAGUGCCAUCAAGGAUGCGCUUGCUGAGGUGUCGCCUUCGGUCCUUGGGCACACAGCCCUCAACCUCAUACAGCACAAAGCUAUUCCUGGCUUCAGCGCCUCCCCACGCACCCCCCCAGUCCCCCUGCCUGACCUGACCCCACAGCUGGGAAUCAUUUGCUUGGGGGUGGGGCAGCCCCCUGACUAUAUAAGCCUGGACCUAGGUGUCCCAGGCACCCUGGAAUCACAGACCCUCCAGUGCUGCUCCCUGCGCUCUCCAGCCUGA